UGUCUUAUACGGCCUUGGUGGUGGCGUCGGUGGGGUUAGCGGCGAGGAGUGGCGAUAGGUUAUGCGUCCGGGCCGCCGUCGCCAUGGCUGCCGAGUUUGAGUUUGUGCCACCGCCCGAGGCGCCCGUGUUUCGGCCUACCGCUGACGAGUUCGCCGACCCGCUGACCUACAUCAACAAGAUCCGGCCGAUCGCCGAGCAGACGGGCAUCGCGCGCAUCAUCCCGCCCCCGGAUUGGCAGCCGCCAUUCGCGGUGGAUGUGGACAACCUGAAAUUCACACCCCGGAUCCAGCGACUCAAUGAGCUGGAGGCACAUACACGCGUGAAGCUCAACUUCCUGGACCAGAUCGCCAAGUUCUGGGAGCUGCAGGGCUCUUCGCUGCGCAUCCCGCUGGUCGAGGGCAAGGCGCUCGAUCUGCACGCACUGCACUGCGAGGUGCAGAAAGAAGGUGGACCGGACGCCGUCUCCCACAGCCGCCGCUGGAACCAGAUCGCACACCGAAUGGGCUUUCCCACGGCCAAACACCACCUCAGUUUUACGUUAAAACACCACUACGAGAAGAUCCUUCAGCCUUAUGAUAUCUUCAAGUCAGCACAGCCGGCCGGCGAGCAGCCGACAGCUGCUGACCAGUCAGCGGUGCCCGAGGCGGGGAAGGCGUCACCGGACGACCCGGCUAAGAAGCUGGCCGGCACGCGGCGCGUGUCGCGCCCCCAGGACACCACGCUGGACCACGAUGCCGUCCAGGAGCUGGCCGACCAGGGGCCCAACAACAAGGAGCUCAAGCGGCUCCAGUUCUACGGCGCCGGGCCCAAGAUGUCCGGCUACCAGGAGAACAACAAGAGCAAACCCAGGGCCAAGAAGAUCCUGUACGACAUUGACCCGCUGGCGCGCUACGUCUGCCACAUCUGCACCAAGGGCGACUCGGAGGAGUCGAUGCUGCUCUGUGACGGCUGCGACGACAGCUACCACACGUUCUGCCUGAACCCGCCGCUGAUCGAGAUCCCCAAAGGCGACUGGCGGUGCCCGCAGUGCGUGGCUGCCGAGGUGGAGAAGCCGCAGGAGGCGUUCGGGUUCGAGCAGGCGCAGAAGGAGUACACGCUGCAGACGUUUGGCGAGAUGGCCGACCAGUUCAAAUCGGACUACUUCAACAUGCCCGUGCACAUGAUCCCCACGCAGACGGUGGAGCGCGAGUUCUGGCGGAUCGUCUCGUCGAUCGACGAGGACGUGUGUGUCGAGUACGGCGCCGAUCUGCACACCAUGGACCACGGCUCUGGCUUCCCCACCGCCCAGUCCAAGAACCUCAGCGACGCCGACCAGGAGUAUGUCCGCUCCGGCUGGAACCUGAACAACAUCGCCGUGCUGGACGACUCGAUUCUGGCGCACAUCAAGGCCAACAUCUCCGGCAUGAAGGUGCCCUGGAUGUACGUCGGCAUGUGCUUCUCCACCUUCUGCUGGCACAACGAGGACCACUGGAGCUACUCCAUCAACUACCUGCACUGGGGCGAGCCCAAGACGUGGUACGGCGUGUCCGGCCUGCGCGCGCAGCAGUUCGAGGAGGCCAUGAAGUCGGCGGCGCCGGAGCUGUUUAAGGCGCAGCCGGACCUGCUGCACCAGCUGGUGACCACCAUGAACCCCAACGUGCUGAUGGCGGCUGGUGUGCCGAUCUUCCGCACGGACCAGCACGCCGGCGAGUUUGUCGUCACCCUGCCGCGCGCCUACCACACCGGCUUCAACCAGGGGUUCAACUUCGCCGAGGCCGUCAACUUCGCGCCGCCGGACUGGCUGGCCAUCGGCCGCCAGUGCGUCACUCACUACUCGCAGCUGCGCCGCUUCUGCGUGUUCUCGCACGACGAGCUGGUGUGCAGCAUGGCGCUGGAACCGCAGCGGCUCAGUCUGCUGGUCGCCUCGGCCACAUACCAGAACAUGCUCAGCAUGAUCGACGACGAGCGCACCAGCCGCACACAGAUGCUGGAAAAGGGUGUGCGGAGGGCCGAGCGGGAGGCGUUCGAGCUUCUGCAGGACGACGAGCGCCAGUGCGACUACUGCAAGACUACCUGUUUUUUGUCGGCCAUCACGUGCCCAUGCAGCCAGCGGCUCGUCUGCCUGCGACACUACGACAAGCUGUGCCAGUGCCCGGCCGCCAACCACGUGCUCAAGUAUCGGUACACGCUCCAGGAGCUCCCGGAGAUGUUGCGCGCCCUCAAGGUGCGCGUCGAGAGCUUCGACCAGUGGAUUCUCCGUGUCAAGGAUGGGCUCGAGGCCACAGGAGAGGCCCGGCUAGGUCUGGACGAGCUGAAGGCGCUGCUGCAGGAGGCCGAGGCGAACCGGUUCCCUCAGUCGGACCUCAUCACCUCGCUGGCGCUGGUGAUCGAGGAGGCCACCAAGUGCUCCAUGGUGGCGCAGCAGCUGGCCUUAAACAAAGUCCGCACGCGGACCCGCGGCCAGGGCGAGUCCAAGUGCCGCCUGACGGCCGACGAGCUGACGCUGUUCCACGCGCACAUCUGCCAGCUGGCCUGCCGGGUGCCCGAGCAGGACGAGCUGCGCCGUCUGCUAGACCAGGUGCAGCAGUUCCAGCGGCGUGCCGUGCAGCUGGUGGAGCCCGAGCUGCCGCCCCCGUCGGCCGACAUACAGGCGUGCGUCCAGCUCGGCGACGAGCUGGACAUCGAGCUACCGGAGACGGCCGAGCUGCGCCAGCGGCUCAGCCACGCGCGCUGGAUGGAAUCGGUGGAGGAGGGUCUGGAUGGCCGGCGCCGCCUCUCGCUGGAGGCCGUGGCCGAGCUGGUGCAGACGGGACGCACGCUGCCGCCCUACCACGUGGUGGAGCGCGCACUGGGCGAGCUGCAGGGCCUGCUGCAGACCGGCCAGCGGCACGAGGAGCGCGCCGGCGCCGCGCUGGCCGCCAGGCCGCCGCCCAGUCUGGCCGAGGUCGAGGCGCUGCUGCGAGACGCCGACAAGGUACCGGCCGCGCUGCCCACCGUGCAGGCGCUGCGAGACGCCGCCACAAAGGCCCACGACUGGAUGGAGCGCGCGGCGGCCAUCACCGAGCGCAGCCAGCACCCGCGCCUCGAGGCGGUUGAGGCGCUGGUAGCUCGCGGACAGCCGAUCCCGAUCCUGCUGCCCGACCUGGUGCGCCUCGAGACACUGGCCAACAGCGCCAAGGCGUGGCGCGAGCGCACCAGCCGCGCGUUCCGACGCAACUCGCUCUCGCUGCUGGAGGUGCUGACGCCGCGGACGGAGGUGGGCGUGUACCCGGGCGGCGGCCGGCGCCGGCGGCGGCCGGGCCCGCCGGCGGCUGAGGGCGGCUCCGAGGCCCAGGUGGUGGACGCCUACCGGGAGGCCGAGCGCCGCGAGCUGGAGCUAAUUCGCCAGCACCGCGCCGCCAACCUGCAGAAGCGUCAGACGGACGGCAACAGCGGCACCUACUGCGUCUGCCAGCAGCGGCCGCGGGCCGCCAUGCUGCAGUGCCAGCUGUGCUGCGACUAUUUCCACAGCUCGUGUGUGCCGCUCUCCAAGGGCGGCUCGAAGCGGUCGGGCGGCGCGGCGGCCUGCGAGCCGGCGGUGCGACUGAGUGCCGGCGGCCGGUUCCUGUGUCCGCUGUGCCGGCGCUCGCGGCGGCCGCGGCUCGAGACGGUGCUCAGCCUGCUGGUGGCGCUGCAGAAGCUGGUGGUGCGACUGCCCGAGGGCAUAGCGCUCCAGUGUCUCACCGAGCGCGCCAUGCGCUGGCAGGACCGGGCUCGUCAGCUGCUGACCACUGACGAGGUAGCGGCCGCCCUGGCCAGCCCGGCGGCCCCAGCGGGCACCUCCAGCCAGGCGGGCGACUCAGCGGUGGCACCGGCGGCCGACGGCGGUCCGACGCCUACGGCCGACACCGGCCGCCAGACCGGCCGGCCGCCCAUCAAACUCGAGUCGGAGGCCGAGCUGCCGCCCAGCGCGCCGGUCUUCUCCAGCUCGGAGCACGCCUACUCCUCAGCGUUCAAGCAGACGCCGCCGACUCCGGCGCGCAAGCCACGCAAGGCGGUGCUCUCUCCGCGGCGCACCGAUUCGCCUCCGCCGCCUCCUCCCCCUCCACCGGCGCCGGCGGCAGCCCGGUCGUCGGCCGGUCGGCUGGGCGCCCAGUCGCUGUCGCAGCUGGAGGCGCUGCUGCUGGAGGGCGACCUGCUCGAGGUGACGCUGGACGAGACCGAGCAGCUGUGGAGACUGCUCUCCGCCGGCCGGCCGCCCACCGGGCAGCCCAGCUUCCCAGACAUCGACAUCGUCAAGGUGGAAACCGGUGCGCCGCGUCAGCAGGCGACCGGCCCGCGCAGGAAGCGCGGUGCCGCAUCGUCGCGCGCCGGCCACCCGACCAAGCGGCUCAAGGUGAAGGUGAAGGGCUCGGGCGCCGAGGAGCCGGCUGAGGAGGGCGCCGAGCCGGCCAGUCCCGCCCGGCGCGUCCCCAAACAGGGCGCCGCCAUCAAACGCAGACUCGCCGCCAAAAAGCGAAUGAUGUUUGAGAAGGGAGCACGCAAAACGGCCAAGGCUCGCAGCCAUUCGCCGGCCAGUGAGGGCGCCGGUGCCAUUCGCAACUACGUAGAGGACUGCGCCGCUAAACCCUGCCAGAAGCCGCACGGCUCCUGUAUAAACUGGAUCGGCUGCGACGACUGCGAGCAGUGGUACCACUACAUCUGCGUCGGCCUGCCCAAGAACUACCAGGUGACCGAGGACAUGGUGUACAUCUGCCCGCGCUGCCAGGACACCCAGGCGCCGCGGCCGGCAGCGGCCGGAGCAGGCGGCGGCGGCUCGCUGCUGGAGCUGGCAGGCGGCGGCGGCUCGCUGCUGGAGCUGGCCGCCGCCGCUCAGGAGGAGGACGGCGCCAGCGCGCUGCUCUCGCUGGCGGCCGGCGGCGCCGGCCAGUCGCCCGAGCUGCAGUAGCGGCCCUCUGGCAGCACGCACCGGGCGCCCAGUGUCGACGGCAGCCGCACUCGGCCGCGGCGCGCUGGCGUCGAGCGCAGCUCAGCACGCGGAGCACACGUUCAAACAGUUCUGCUUUGAUUGGGACGUCACCUUUCGGGUUUUGUGUAGUUUAUGACUCUGAACACAAAAGCGUCGUCUGCGUUGCGCCGCCGCCGAAGAGCGUCGUAUAUGUUCUGCGGUUCAGCGCGCUCUCCCAGUCUGCGUGUCCCAGUCUGUGUGGCGCGCUGUCCCAGUCUGUGGGGCGCGCUGUCCCGGUCUGUGGGGCGCGCUGUCCCGGUCUGCGGGGCGCGCUGUCCCAGUCUGUGGGGCGCGCUGUCCCGGUCUGUGGGGCGCGCGCUGUCCCGGUCUGUACGAUGCGCUGUCCCAGUCUGUGGGGCGCGCUGUCACGGUCUGUACGAAGCGCUGUCCCGGUCUGUACGAUGCGCUGUCCCGGUCUGUGGGGCGCGCUGUCCCGGUCUGUACGAUGCGCUGUCCCGGUCUGUGGGGCGCGCCGCUCGGCAGCUUCUCUGGUGGCGCUGGGGUUCGGCGUUCCCGGUGGCAGCCGAUAGCUUGGCUGCUGUCUGUGUGGGAGGGGAUUCCGGCGUUCGUGAAGCGCUCUGUCCACGGCCACCGAGGCAGUUCCGCGCAGUCCGGUCAGCGCCAUGUUCACUGAUCAGUGACUCGCACCAAUUUCGGCCUGGUAUUCACCUCUAUGUGACCACAUCUGAAGCGUAGAAAGGUUCAAUAAAUGCACAUUUGA